UACAGUGAGAAUGACACACCCUGCAGCGCGUUCCGUCCACCUGUGGUUUGAUUUGCCAAAGAACGCAAAAUGCGUCUGUAAUGAAGUAUGCGUCUCCGAAUCACAGACAGGGAGCUAUUUUUGCGUCAUCGGAUUCAAUCGUGGAUACAGCGGUAUACAAGAGCUGUAUGAUGGAAAGAAAAUGGCAAUUUUCUCUGUGUGGGACAGCUCUUCAAAUACAGAUCCCCCAGAGGACAAACGGGUACAGGUGACGUACAGCGGUCAGGGAGUUGAAGUGUCACGGUUCGGAAAUGAAGGAACAGGGGGAAAGACCAUGAUGCCUUUAGAGUGGAAGUUGAACGAAACUGUGCAAUUUAAAAUGGAAGCUCAAGACGUGGAUGGUACCUGGACCGCCUACUCUUGUUAUGUUAAAAUGAACUCUUCAGAUUGGUUUCAUAUGGCAACAAUGAAGACGAUUGCCAACGGAGAAUUGCUAAAUGGAGUUUACUCAUUCGUAGAAGAUUUCCGUCGUGACGGCGCCAGUCAUUGCGAAAUUCGCAGCGCUAAAUUUGGCGACUGUUACAGCAAGGCAGACGAUUGCCAAUGUAAAUGCCAGAAGGCGACAUUCACUGCCGACAGUUCAACGCCCACGCUGAAUAUCGAUGCAGGGUUGUGUGGAGAUAAAUUUUACUUGACGACUGGAGAUGAUACAAAAAACACGAGUACACAACUCAAUUGUUGCAUCGCCAAGCCACCUGAAACGAACUAAAUCCCCAAA